AUGGCAGUAGAACGCAACGAACUUGAAAUGAGACGGGAAGAGCGUAAAAGGAGGGCUGAGAGGGAAGAUAAAGCGUUUGAAGUAGAAUUGGAACGAGAGAAAUAUCAGAUCUAUGUAGCUAAGCAGAGCGUACCAAAGCCUAUAAAGGUGCGAGAAAUGAGAGAAAAUGAGGAUAUAGAUGAUUAUUUUCGAAUUUUUGAGAUGACUGCUAAGCCCCUGUUAAUUUCGCAAGAUGAGUGGCUAGGUAGUUUAAUCCCCCGUUUAAGUGAAAAAGCGAAGUCUAUAUAUUUAGAAAUUGUUGGUCCAGAUGCUCAGGAUUAUAAUAAAAGUAAGGCUAUUAUUAUAUCAAGAGCAUAACAGCUUAAUGUUGACCAUUAUAGAUAUCGAUUUCGCCAUUCAGAAAAAAAGGCUGGCGAAGACUUUGGCCAGUGGGCUCACAGAACCCGUAGAUACUUGAACCGAUGGAUGACUGUGGCAGAGGCCAUAGACAACCGAGAAAAAAUAUUAGAACAAAUUGUUUUAGAACGAUUGUUAGAUGGGGUUGGUCCUGAGAUACAAGUAUGGUUGAAAGAGAGAAAGCCCAAUACCGCAGAGGAAUUGGCAAAUUUAACGAAUGAUUAUGUACAAAGUAGAAAGGGACCCUUAAUUGAUGGUAAAUAUGUUAGUGCCAAAAGAAAUGAUAAUAAGCCUAGGAAUGAUGAUUUUUGCAAAAUGAGAGAUAAAGUUUACGAAAAUAAUAAGGGAAAUCCAGAUAAGCCAGACUUUGGGAAAUUUCGAGAUAAAUUGGACAAGUCAAAAGUUAAGUGCUUUAAUUGUCAAAGAAAGGUCAUUAUGCGCAUGAAUGCCGAAAGAAAAAAACAACAACAUGCCGCAUUGUUAGGAAUGACUAAGGGAUAUAAUACCCUUGGAAGUUACAUAGUAGGGAAUUUAAACGGGAACAAAGUCCAAAUGAUAAUCGAUUCUGGUUGUUCAAAGACUUUGGUGCAUGAAAACCUUGUUAGUAAAAAUAGUUUUACUGGUGAGAAUAUUACCGUUAUCACUGCAAAUGGUGAUAGAGUCGAAGUCCCUUUAGCGUGGGUAACCAUAAGUAGUGAACAAGGGAUACAUCGAGAAUUAGUGGGGGUUAUGAGAAAUCUCCCCGUAGAUUGUUUACUUGGGCGUUCGUCCUAUGGCAAGUCUUUAGCCAAGAAAAUUUUGCUUGAUCAUUGGGAGCAAGCUGUCGACUUAAAUAUAGAACCGACAGUGGGGUAUAGUGACAAGAAUAAGUCCGCUUUAGUUGUUACUCGAAGACAAGCAGCGCUUGUGAAAGCUCAAACUAGAUUGGAUAAGUUGACAGAUAAACAAAAUGAAUUACCUAUUAAGACUCUAAGCCCUAAGGAACCUACAAAAGAUGAAUUAUCGGAGACUAUCGAAUUAAAUAAUUUAUUUGGUGAAGAUAAUAAUGUUAUAACGGAACCUGAUCCCGAGAAAGUAUGCGUAAAAGAACCGGUUGCAGAUAUAGACUCCUCUGAAUAUGACAUCGAAUUAGAACAUAAGUGUGGAGAGAAGCAUGUGAAUGUGGAUGCGCUUAGUAGAAUGCCAUAA